GCAUUUGUCUAAGUGACUAAAUGUGAAAGGUCUCAACUUUGAACCAUAACAUAUUACUCUGUUUUUUUCUCUUAAUACCCACUCACUACAUUCCUGUCUAUGUCACUAAUUCAAAACACGUGGCAACCCACCAUUCCCCUCUCCCGGUUUAUAUAAACCCUUAAACACUUCAUCGCUCUCAAAACAACUCUCCCUUCUCUACUUUAACAAAGAAGCAAAAAAAAAAAAAACAGAGCCUUUAACAAUCUCAAAAUCGAACUCUCACUCUGAAGCAACAAUACUGACUACACAUACUCUAAAAAUGUCUUCUUUCACGGCGACUGCAGCGGUCUCUAGGAGAUGGGUCUAUGGCAACCAUACUCAACCGCCAUUAUCAUCUUCUCAAAACUCUGACGUGAGCUAUUCCUCCUCCAUACCCAUGACAACUCGUGUCCAACGAAAGCUCAACGUUUCCUCUGCGCUUCACACUCCUCCUGCUCUCCAUUUCCCCAAGCAACCCACCAACUCUCCAGCCAUUGUUGUCAACCCCAAACCUAAAGACUCCGACACUAAACAAAUGAACUUGUUCCAGAGAGCAGCUGCCGCGGCGUUGGACGCGGCAGAGACGUUCCUCGUUAGCCACGAGAGACAACAUCCACUCCCUAAAACAGCUGAUCCCACAGUUCAGAUCGCCGGAAACUUCGCUCCAGUGAAUGAACAGCCUGUCCGGUCUAAACUCCCGGUUGUCGGAAAAAUACCGGAUUCCAUCAAAGGAGUGUACGUGCGCAACGGAGCUAACCCUCUUCACGAGCCGGUGACCGGUCACCACUUCUUCGACGGAGACGGGAUGGUACACGCCGUUAAAUUCGAAGACGGUUCAGCUAGCUACGCUUGCCGGUUUACUCAAACAAACCGGUUUAUCCAGGAGCGUCAAUUAGGCCGACCGGUUUUCCCCAAAGCCAUCGGCGAGCUCCACGGUCACACCGGUAUCGCCCGUCUCAUGCUAUUCUACGCCAGAGCCGCAGCCGGUUUAGUCGAUCCAGCACACGGAACCGGAGUAGCUAACGCCGGUUUAGUCUAUUUCAACAACCGGUUAUUAGCGAUGUCGGAAGACGAUUUACCAUACCAAGUCCGGAUCACUCCAAGUGGAGACUUGAAAACCGUUGGCCGUUACGACUUCAACGGACAAUUAAAUUCCACAAUGAUCGCCCACCCGAAACUCGACCCGGAAACCCGCGAACUAUUCGCGUUAAGCUACGACGUCGUUUCCAAACCUUACUUAAAAUACUUCCGCUUCUCACCGGACGGGAUUAAAUCACCUGACGUGGAGAUAAACCUCGAUGAGCCGACGAUGAUGCACGACUUCGCGAUAACAGAGAACUUCGUGGUCAUACCUGACCAGCAAGUCGUCUUCAAGCUCCCGGAGAUGUUCCGCGGCGGCUCUCCGGUGGUUUACGACGAGAACAAAGUCGCGAGAUUCGGAGUUUUAGACAAAUACGCGGAAGACUCGUCGGCCAUCAAGUGGAUCGAAGCGCCGGAGUGUUUCUGCUUCCAUCUCUGGAACGCUUGGGAGGAGCCAGAAACAGAGGAGAUCGUCGUGAUCGGUUCUUGCAUGACUCCGCCGGACUCAAUCUUCAACGAGUCCGACGAGAAUCUCAAGAGCGUCCUCUCGGAGAUUCGGCUCAAUCUCAGAACCGGUGAAUCCACUCGCCGUCCGAUCAUCUCCGACGAGCAAGUUAACCUCGAAGCGGGGAUGGUUAACCGGAACAUGCUCGGACGUAAAACCCGGUUCGCUUACCUCGCUUUAGCCGAGCCGUGGCCGAAAGUCUCUGGCUUUGCGAAAGUUGAUCUCUUUAGUGGUGAAGUUGAGAAAUAUUUGUAUGGAGGUGAGCGUUACGGUGGAGAGCCUCUGUUUUUAGCGGGAGAUGAGGACAGAGGAGAAGAUGACGGUUAUAUCCUCUGUUUUGUUCACGAUGAGAUGACGUGGAAGUCGGAGUUACAGAUUGUUAACGCCGUUAGUUUGGAGGUUGAAGCGAAGGUUAAGCUUCCGUCAAGGGUUCCGUAUGGGUUUCACGGUACAUUUAUUGGAGCUGAUGACUUGGCGACGCAGGUGUGAGUGUUAUGUGUGUAUAUACGAAUACGUAUAGGUGACGAUGAAGAAGCUUCUAGAAGAUAAAGAGAGAGAGACUUACCAGUGGGAUGCUCUAUACGUCCCCGGAGUCUACUCCUCUUGUGUGUGUGUUUUUCUAUUUUCCUCUGUUUCUUUGAUUUUUCAAUUUGGGUGCAGUUUCUAGUUCCCUCUUUUUUUGGGAUUAAUCUAGAAAUCUGAAAGAUUUUGAGGGACCAGUUUGUAGCUUUUGAGCUGUAGGGUAGCCUGGCCGGUUCGAGCUCAGUUGGUUUCUGUUAUUCUUUCACUUAUUGUUGUACAGUGAGAAGUAAAUAUUAGUAUAAUAAAAGGAGAUUAUGUUGAUAUGUGUGUUACUAGCAAACAUUUGCUUUUAAGCAAUGUUCGAUGCGCUAGGCACUAGUCGGCGGUUCGAUUGGGUCUAGCGCCUAGGAAGAAAAUUAAGGAUUAAUCGGG